AGAGAAAACGGGCGGAUGGAGGAACAGUUAGGCGUUUGGACGGCGAGUUUUAACGUUUUAUUCUUUUAUUUUCCGUGAUUUUAUCCUUUAUUAGGAUCAACAAAUUUGCAGUGAGCGGCACCGGGUGAAACAGCGGACAUUAGGAGUGAAUUAGGGCGGAUUUGAGCGCGGUUAGUGAAGCAGAAGUGUAGAAUCAGACUCCACAGGGCGUGUAGUGAGUGUGUGUGUGUUUGUUGUCGGGAGGAAGAAGAACGGUGGUGCAUGGUGGAUACUGAGUGUGUGUGUGUGUGUGUGUACACGGAGUGUGUGUUGAAGUAGUAGUUGAGGAGGAAGAUGGGCUGUACACUGAGCACCGAGGAUAAAGCUGCAGUGGAGAGGAGCAGAAGAAUAGACCGAAAUCUCCGAGACGAUGGAGAGAAAGCGGCGAGAGAGGUGAAGCUGCUGCUGCUGGGUGCUGGAGAAUCUGGGAAGAGUACGAUCGUGAAGCAGAUGAAAAUCAUCCACGAGGCCGGAUACUCCGAGGAGGAAUGCAAGCAGUACAAAGCCGUGGUCUACAGCAACACCAUCCAGUCCAUCAUCGCCAUCAUCCGCGCCAUGGGCCGCCUCAAGAUCGACUUCAGGGACCCAGCCCGAGCGGACGAUGCCCGGCAGUUGUUCGUGUUGGCCGGCAGUGCUGAGGAGGGCUUCAUGACGACGGAGCUGGCCGGAGUGAUAAAGCGUCUGUGGAAGGACGAAGGAGUGCAGGCCUGCUUCAGCCGCUCCAGAGAGUACCAGCUCAACGACUCCGCCGCCUAUUACCUGAACGAUUUGGACAGAAUAUCUCAGCCCACCUACAUCCCCACUCAGCAGGACGUCCUGAGGACUCGCGUCAAGACCACCGGCAUCGUGGAGACUCACUUCACCUUCAAGGAUCUGCACUUCAAGAUGUUCGAUGUGGGCGGUCAGCGCUCCGAGAGGAAGAAGUGGAUCCACUGUUUCGAGGGCGUGACGGCCAUCAUCUUCUGCGUGGCCCUGAGCGAUUAUGAUCUGGUUCUGGCUGAAGACGAGGAGAUGAACCGAAUGCACGAGAGCAUGAAACUGUUUGACAGCAUCUGCAACAACAAGUGGUUCACCGACACCUCCAUCAUCCUGUUCCUCAACAAGAAAGAUCUGUUCGAGGAGAAGAUCAAGAAGAGCCCGCUCACCAUCUGCUACCCCGAAUACGCAGGUUCGAACACGUACGAGGAAGCAGCCGCGUACAUCCAGUGUCAGUUUGAGGAUCUGAAUAAGCGGAAGGACACCAAGGAGAUCUACACACACUUCACCUGCGCCACCGACACCAAGAACGUGCAGUUCGUCUUCGACGCCGUCACCGACGUCAUCAUCAAGAACAACCUGAAGGACUGCGGCCUCUUCUAACCCCGCCCCCACCCGGUGAUUCCGGAGGUGGCGUCCUGUGUUUCGGUGGUGGAUGGAUGGACGGCGGGGCGCGACCCCGCCCGACCUGUGCUGUACAUUGCUCCUGUCGUCUCUCUGCUUUAUUUAUGCUCAUUAAGGUCCCGUAACAGAAGGGAAUCGAUCUAACGUCCUUCCUCUCCUUCAGCUCUCGGCCGCGUGGCCUUUUUUACUCACACUUUCAUCUUUUUAUCAUCGAGGGAACUUUUACAUUUCUGAAAUGUUGUUUUUUUUAAAAAGGGAAUAUAAUGGG